GACUUUUUUUAGGAUCCACAAAACGUUGGCGAACUCUUUUCUAUCAUAGAUUUUAGUGGUUUCACGAAAAGCGGUAACUUUUAAGGUACUCAUUAAUAAGGUGAAAUGUUCAAAAAUAAAUUAGUGGGGAAAAGGCAGCUGCAGCGUAGAAUAAAACACCAAACCAAACUGUUAAAAAACCAAAUAGACAAUAUGAAAAUUCCAUUAAUCAGGUUUCAAUUGGAUUCACAUAGUUAUAGUGGGUUUGAGACUGUGAGUAGCAAUACUGACCUUUUGGAGACCAGUACAGACAAAACUAAUUUUGAUUCUGAUAGUGAUGUUGACCUAGAAGAAUCUGUAGAUGUUGCUAUCGAUUUGAAGAAUAAACUAAGGGAACGGGUCAAUACAUAUAAUGCAACCCGUAAUUCUACAACUUCAUUAUUACAUAUACUAAAACCAGUUUUACAUUUCUUACCUAUAGAUUUUCGAACACUCAUGGGCACUCCGGGACACACAGAAAUCGUUAAACUAAAUAAUAGGAACAUGCACUAUUUUGGAAUUGAAAAUGCAAUUUCGAAAAAAUGUCAAUAUGGUAUCAAAGAAAAUGCGAAGAAAAUUUCAUUACAAAUCAAUAUUGAUGGAUUACCUCUCUUCAAAAGCAGUUCUACAGAGUUCUAUCCUAUUUUGGGCAUGUGUCGGGCUUUAAAAGAUGAUUCUCCAUUCACAAUUGCCUUAUUUUGUGGUAAUGGCAAACCAGAUCCUUUAGAAAGUUAUUUACGUAACAUCAUAGAUGAAAUUAAUUCGUUGAAAGAACGUGGAAUAAACUACAAUGGAAAAGUAUACACAUUCGAUAUACAUUGCUUCAUUUGUGAUGCUCCUGCAAGGAGCUAUCUGCGCCAAACUGUAGGUCAUACUUCAAAAUUGGGGUGUGAAAAAUGUCACAUUGUAGGUGAUUAUGAAAAUCACAGAAUUAUAUAUGCUCAAAAGAAUCUUAAGUUGUUUAAUCCAAAGUUGGACCAAGACUUCAUAGCUGAACCACUUCCUACAUAUAUCAAAGAAAAAAGUCCUCUUCUAAGAGCAAACAUUAAAAUGGUUACACAGUUUCCUAUAGAUCCCAUGCAUCUACUAUUCCUGGGUGUAGUGAAGCGACUGUUAGUGAACUAUUUUUUUGCCACUUCUCCUGUGAAGUUAUCCCAAAAAAUAAUGAAAGAAAUUGAUGAUAGAGUUUUCAUCUUGUAUGAAUAUAUUACAUCAGAUUUCCCUAGAAAAUGCAGAACUUUCAAAGAAUUACGAAGGUGGAAAGCUACAGAAUUCAAACUUUUCAUUUUGUACACUUUUCUAUAAUGCUGUGAAUACUAUUCAAUACAGAUUAGUAUUAUUGUUACAUUGCGCUAUUUUUAUAUUGACUGAUGAGAACUUGAUCGAAAAAUAUAUUCUUGUUGCAGAUGAAAGUUUAAAGAAACUUGUUAUCGAAUCUGCUGAAGUGUUUGGUAGAGAUUUCGUGGUAUUUAAUGUGCAUAAUUUGGUGCACUUGGUGGAUGAUAUAAAUUUGUAUGGUACAAUCAAUCAAUAUUCUUGUUUUCCUUUUGAAAAUUACAUGACAUUUUUGAAAAGGACAUUGCACUCUUCAAAUAAUCCAUUACAGCAGCUGCAUAGGAGAAUCCAUGAACAUGAAUUUUUUCCAUCAGAACCUAGCAAUCUUGAACAAUAUUCUAAACUUGAACCGAAAAAUCUCAGUAAGAAAUUGUAUAAUGCACAGGGUAAAUUAAUUUCAUUCAAUUGUGAACAGUUGCAGUUCAAGGAUACCUGUUUAUCUAUUUACAAGCCUGACAAUUGAGUUAUGUUGAAUUCCAAAAAAAUUUAUAUAAUCAAAUUCAUCAGAUACAUUGAGGACGGAUAUGUACUUGGUGGUGAGCCUUUCACAUAUUAUGACGAUUUAUAUAGUGAACCAUUGCAAUCUUCUAAAUUAAACAUAUUUUAUGUUAAAAAAAUUGAUGAAUCUAGAGCAAAAGCAUUCAGUUUAGUUGACAUUUCAAACAAAUGCAUGAUUAUGCCUGUCAAAGAAGGUUUUGCCGCUUUUUCUCUGAACCACUAUAAAUUCUCUGAUUUCCACCACUGAAGCACUAUGUUUGCGGUUGUGGAGUUUCUGAAUUCCGAAAUGGAAUCCACGGGUGAAAUUUCUAUAGUGCCAUUAAUUUGGCUGAU